AUGGUUGAGCCUUCAUUUGCAGAGAGAACAGUAAUCAACCACAAAAGCUACUUGAAAAACGGCCGUGUUGUUACUUCUCCGGCGAUCAAUAUCACAGAGACUGAUGUAAUCACUGGAGAUGGAGCUGUGAUUGGAUAUGAAUAUCUAGUCAUUGCUACAGGUCACAACGACUGGUACCCCAAAACCAGACAAGAAAAGCUAUCACAAUACCAAGCAGAAUAUGAGAAGAUCAAAGCUUCUGAAUCAGUUUUGAUUGUUGGUGGAGGACCGUCUGGUGUGGAGCUUGCUGCUGAAAUUGCGGUCGAUUUCCCGGGGAAGAAGGAGAUGAAGCAAGGAUAUAUAGCGGAGAAUCAUGCUAAUGUGGUUGUGAAGAACUUAAAGGUAAUGAUGUCGGGAGGGAAAAAGAAGAUGUCGACUUACAAACCCGGACCAGAGAUUGCAAUUGUCUCAUUAGGAAGAAAGGACUCUGUUGCUCAGUUUCCAUUUGCGACAGUCGUGGGUUGCCUCCCUGGUUUGAUAAAGUCCAAGGAUCUGUUUGUGGGGAAGAUGAGGAAGGCAAGAGGGUUAAAUCCUAAACUUGCUCAAGGUUGA